AUGUCGACAAGCAUCCUUCAACGAGACGAGGCGCUCCCUCCCGACGAGGACAUCGGUCCCGCCUCCGUUGCAACCGCAGCUGUCCUGACGGCACUCAUGAUCAUCACCACCGGUGCUCGAAUAUGGGUUCGAGCAGCGAAUCGAAAGCUUGGUUGGGACGACUGGACGAUUCUCAUAGCGAGUGGGGUCUCGAUUGUACGAUUUGCGUUCGUGGUCAAGCAACAACAGUAUGGCAACGGCAGACACCGCGUCUAUCUCGGCGACUAUGACUACAUGAUGAUCAACAUGUACGGGUGGUGGGGUCAGAUUCUACUGUUUCUUGCAGUAGCUUUUCUGAAAGUCUCGAUCUGUCUCCUGAUUUUGCGGAUCAAAGACACCAAGAUCUUGAAGAUCCUGCUUUAUACGAUUAUGGGAGGAGUCUUGGUUUCGAACUUUGGAGUGGUCAUUAUCUUGGUUGCGGAAUGUCAGCCUGCGGGUUUCUGGAGAGGGAAGUCCGCAAAAUGCUGGCCAACACAGAUCAGGAUUUACUCGAUUUGGGCUACAAUUGCCUUCUCGGUUUUGACCGAUUUGAUAUGCUCCCUUCUUCCUCUAGCCGUCGUCUGGAACGUCAAUAUGCCGAGACGGACAAAAGUCUCAGUGUGUUUCUUGAUGGGACUGGGCUUAGCUGCAACUGGCUUUGGUAUUGCAAGAGCCGCAUCUCUUGGUAUUAACACCACCGAUCUGAGCUGGGCAUACUGCAUUGCCGGAAUCUGGUCAAACCUCGAGCUCUUCCUGGGCAUCAUCGCAGCGAACUUGGCCCUCUCGCGGUCGAUAUGGGUCCAUUUCUUCGGGAGCAACGACUCCCACGCGAUCCCUGGCUCAACCGGCCGUUCGAAUCCCACCGAGUCGGGUUAUGUCAACAGUAAACUCCGAGGCGACCAAUUCGAAGUACCGUCGACGAUGGUCCGUUCGCGCAGACGGGGAUCCGAGACCAGAAGCUCAAAUAGCGAUAUACCUUUACAGCCUGGUAUCCAGAAAAAGACGGAAUUCUGGUGGACGGAGGACGAUGAAAGCCAGUCACAAACGCCGUUGAAGAGGUGA